AUGGCACAGAAAUCACACUUGGAACAACAUAUGAGAAUACAUACUGGAGAAAGACCCUAUCAGUGUUCCUAUUGUGCUAAGAGAUUCGUGCAGAGCAGUGCUUUGUAUCAGCAUGAAAGAUUUCAUAGAAACGAGAGACCAUACCGUGUUCCACUGGAGAAAAAAUUUAGUCAGAAAGGUCACCUGAGACUGCACGUGAAAAUUUCACACAGCCGAGGAGGGAUUCGGGACUGCCCAACUGUUAUAAAAGAAUCACGAGUGAACAAUUUAUCAGCUCAUGCAGGAGAACAUCCAGAAAACACCUCUUGUGCCUCGGAAAAUGACCAGAAUAUGUACAGUCUCCGACCUAGGUUGCAAAAGUCUUACCAUAAUGUAGUCGGUGACUUUAUCAAGUCGGAGUAUAAACCAAUCUUUGUAAAGUCAGAAGAACCAGAUAACGAUAUCAAAAUGUAUGACAUGUAUAGGACGUGUAUAAUGGAAGAAAAAAUUAAAGUAGAGGAACAUAUAACUGUAAAAGAAGAAAUUGUGUCAGACUGA